AUGUUAUUAUUGGAAUUGGAUUUCAAUGUCAGUUUAAAAGAAUUAAUGGUCUGGACAGGGCCUUUCACAUUAAAGUCACCACCUUUAUCAACAUUUCAUCAACAGUUCUGGUUGAUUGCUCACAUUAUAACAGAUAACAAAGCUGGAACAAAAAUAGAACAAUCAUUCACUGUGAGUGUUUUCAUUGGUGGAAUCAAGGGAGAAGAUGAAAGUAUUAUCCAAUCAGAGAAUCCGAAACUUGAUGGGCUGUCACAUAAUAGAACAAGGUUGUUGUCAUGUAAAGAGGAAUGCAAUGAUCUAAUAUUGUUACACCUUGGCUAUCUAGACUACACAUAUUACAUCAUCAAUAUUAACUUUCACGGUCUGGAGAAACAGGCCCACUUUGAUAUCAAAAAUAUCAUAUUCCAUUUCAAGAGCUAUAAUACAGCUUUUACCAAGCUGGAAAUUUGGUUACGGUUUUCAUUUCUUGUGUUCACUUUCAUAGCUACGUGCUCAUUUGCUCAUUCAUUGAGAAAGUUUACAAUGCGAGACUGGUCAAUAGAACAAAAAUGGAUGUCCGUACUGAUGCCACUUCUUCUUCUUUAUGAUGAUCCUAUAUUUCCGUUGACUUUCCUUGUUGAUAGCUGGGUACCGGGAAUGUUUGACGGGAUAUUUCAAGCAUCAUUUCUGUGUGGGUUGUUACUGUUCUGGUUAUGUAUAUACCAUGGAGUUAGACAGACUGACAGACGGUUUUGGAAAUUUUAUUUCCCUAAGUUAUUGAUAGUUGGGUUAAUUUGGAUAUCAGCGGUCACUUUGGCAUCCUGGCAGGAGUACAAUGAACUACAGGACCCAACAUAUUUUUACAGGCUUGAUACAAGCAACUUUAUGGGUUUUAAGAUAUUUUUCUUCAUAGUUGGUAGUGUAUAUCUUCUCUAUCUGCUGUAUUUGUUGGUGCGAGCGUAUGCUGAACUUAGAUCCAUGCCAUACUUUGAUUUAAGACUGAAGUUCAUGACGUUUCUAAUGUUGAUAGUUCUAUCAAUAAGCAUUACUAUCACAGUAUUACGGUUUGGGCGGGCCGCGUUACAGGACAAUUUUGUUGCGGAGUUGUCUACCCACUACGAGAACUCGGCAGAAUUUGUAGCAUUCUAUGGGUUGUUGAAUACAUACAUGUACACAAUGGCGUUUGUGUACUCGCCCUCACCGAAUGCAGUAUUUGAAACUCAUUUCAAGGACAAUCCCGGUCUUUCAAUGUUGAAUGAUUCUGAUGAAGAGGUGCAUUAUGGAUCUGACACAGAGAGUAUAGGGCUGACUAGAGUGAGACCAAAUGCUGUUGGGAAAUAUGACAGUGAUUAGAGUUACCUUCCUUGGGACAAAAGUUAGCACCCUUGUUGUGACUAGAGUAACUUCCCUUUUAACAAGAGCUAGUGCCAUUGUAACAAGAGUUAACUUAUCUGUUAUAAGAGUUAGCAUCUUUGAGACAAGAAUUCUUUUGACAAUGACAAAAAUGUGCACUCUUGGCUUAAGUGACAGGUUAUUUCCCAUGCGGCAAGAAUCAAGUCUUUUGUUAAAUAGAGUAAGCUCCUUUUAGACUAGAGUUAGUGCCCUUGUUAUUGCAAUAUGACCAGACACUAGUCAUGUUUUAAGUAUCAUUGAUAAAAUAUAAAAUGUAAUCUCUGUGAUGGGACAGUAGGUAAAAUGUAGAAUAUUAAAAAGAUAGUCUUGUGUCUGUGAUUUCAUCAAAAAUUGAGAAAAGAAAUGUUGUUGUUAUUAGGUGAUACUUUUUCCUUUGCAUUUAUUUGUUUUGUGAACAUGUAAUAUUUUUCAAGAAUAUUGACAUAUAUAAGAUCCAAGCUUGCCAAUAUGUGAGAUAGAUAACAGUAGAAAUUGUAAAAUUAUUAGAUUUUUGGUGUUAGAUAAAAAAAUCGUGGGCUUGAUAAAUAACCAUUAAAUGUUAUUAGUUCAUAUGAAUAGAUGUAAAUUCAUUCAUCAUAUUAGAGUAAGUCAUAUUUGAAUUAUGGUGAAUUUUUUUUUUGUAACAAAAUCAGAAAUCCACACUGUAGACGAAAUUUUUGUUUUCUUAUUCAAACCAAUGUAAGACAUGCAUAACAUUCCUUAUAUUUUUCUGUUGUUUUUAAUGGUGUUGAAUCCCAGUGGCCAUGAAAUUUUCAUGUCUAGAAUUUGUGAUAAUUGUGCAAUAUAGAGAUAUAGGUUUUAUUUUUACUGAGGAUUGAUUUUAGUAGUUAAUAGAGAUCAUAUCCUAUGGUUUAAAAAAAAGUGGAAUAUUUUUCAAAUGUGAUAGUUAUAAUUUUGCAAUAGAGUGGGAUAGUUUAAAGUAGUGUUGGUUAGUGACGUGUGCCUGUGGGAUAAAUCAUUGACUUAAACUUUGAUAGCCAUGUGUACUUUAACACAAGAUGCAACAGAUAAUAUAAAUAAAACAAUGAAAGUACAGUGUAGCCCCUGCAGAGCACCCCCUCUGUAUACCAAUUUAACCUCUUUUAAACAACCAUAUACUUUUUUCCAAAAGUAAGGUGAUAAAAUAUCCCAACAAAUUCAAUCUCUCUUGAGCAACAACUCUCAGCAACAAGCAAAAUCUUUGUCUCCCAAAAGGUGUUGUUCUGCAUAAACUUGUAAAGUUAAUCCUUUUUAUUACAAUUUAGUACCAUGGUAUCGGCAAUGAAAUCCAAGGAUUUUAUAAAAAAGAAUAUAGUAAUUUUACUGACCAAAUCCUAAAAUAACCUCAUGUGAUCAAUAUGGUUUUAAUGAAUAUUUUUAUUGAUAUUAAGCGGGAGGAAGCAAUCUGAAAAUUUAAGUAGUGAAGUUCAGCUAGUUAUACUAUUUUGAAUUUUUUUAAUUUUUUUUUGUAAAUUUUAACAGUUAAGAAAAGAAAAACAAUGUCUUAUACAUGUAUUAGGAAUGAAAAUGGUACACUAUGUACCGGAAGGCCAUUUAACUAGACCAGCUUUGGUAUAUGUUUUAAUUAUGGGACUGUACCAUAGAUAUACAUUGUUUGUGAUACAGUAACGAAAAGGGGACUAUUGGAAGUCUGGCCCUGAGGUUAUAAAACUUUUUUCUGAGCUGUAUGUCAAAUCUCAGGAUUUCUAUUGGUCAAUGAUUACCAGAUUAUUAUAAAAUAGAAUCAUAUUAAAUAUCAAUUAAUUUUGUUUAUUUAUGCACUUAUCAACAUUAAAGUUCUAAUUAUUUAUAUUUACUUAUUCUAAUUAUUAAGUUUUAAAGUACAAAAUCAGUAAAAUGAAUGACUUUGAAAAAUUAUUGUUCUAAUAUUUUACGCCAUAUUUUACAAAAUCCAAUAUUCACAACUUCAAAUUUAUUAUGAAAAACUAUUAUACAGAUAUCUAUAUUUAUCUAUCUUUUUGUAAAAGUCAAAUUGCUAUUCAUUGAAAUAAAAUGUAACUGCUUAAUACAUAUAAUAGGUCUGGUGCACUACAUCUAGUGCACUCCUAGUGCACUUUAUGUAACGUAUAGUGUGAACUCAACUGUAGAUUCUGUGUUUGUUUCUGACCAGUCAAAUAUCUGAGAUCUGUGUUUGAGCUGAGAAAUUUUGUGUAUAACGGUUAUAAUAACCUCGGGUGCAGGUUUAAUGUGAUAUAUAUAUCAUAGGGAAAUCAUCUAAUAGUUGGAUGCAAAGUAUAUUUUAUAAGUUAUAAGUUAUUUCAUCAUGUGAAUUUUUUAAAUUAGGACUGUCAAUGUUUUUUUAAAAGGUGUCAAAGCAGUACUGUGGAGCAUCUAUCAAUUAAAACUGAUUAUUUUGUUUCAAAUAUAUAUACGAGUAUAAAAAAAGUAGUGGAAAUUUGAGUUUAAAAACAAAAGCAUAAUCAUAUAUCAUGUUGCUAUGAAGUAAUCAUAUUUUGUACAUUGUUUUAUCAUAUUUGAUGUGCAUCUUGGUUGUGUGAAAAUAUAAAAUAAAUAUGUUUGUAUAUAUAGUGCAUAAUUUAUUUACAUACAUUGUAAUAGAGCGCAAUACGGUGCUUUAUUUUAUAUGGACAAUAAGCAUUCCAUUGUUAAUGUUUUAUGAUAAUUUUUGAAACCGUCAGUCAACAGUCAUAGGUUUAUUGUUGUUGCUUGAUUUAAUUUCAGUGGUGUGCUAUGGUUCUGUCCAUUAUGAAAUUGUUUUUAGUUUGUCUAUUUUGAAAAAAAAGGCGAGCUUUUAUGGUUGCUUUGUCCCUGUUGCAGUCAUACAAAAACUUUAAUUUAGCCUAUUUUUCUAAGAAUUUAAGAGCUAUCAACAUGAAACUUGGAGUUCUUGCUUCUUAUGUAUUCUCCGAAUAUAUUAUAUAGAUUUAUAUGUAUCAUAAUUAUAAUGUCCCUUUUUAACUUACUUUUUUGUUUGUCAAAAAUAGGUUAUCUAUAUAUAGUCAUGCACUCAACAGAUGAGCGUGCAAUGCUCUUAUUUAAUAUUACUUUUCAUAUUUUAAAGAAAUCUCAAAUAAUUAUGCUGGCAUUAAAUUUUAAUUGUUAAUUGCAUACAAUCCUAUGUUGUUGCUUUUGUUUUGUUCUGUCAAUAGGAAUAUCAUAAUUUGCAGCUUAUUUUUUUCCUGCAAUUUUGAGCUAGUUAAUAUUGUAAUAUGUAAUUCAUUUAUUCAAUGAAUCGUAUCCCAUUACUUGUUAGAUAUCAGAAAUCCAUGGCAUUGGAUAUAAGCACUAUCUUUAUUACGCUGAUCCUUUUGCUUUUAUAUCUAAAAAACCUGCAUGGAAUAUUAUAAGUGACUUAUUAAUAAUAAGAUUUUAUGCAAAGCUUUGAUAACCAGUCUAAAUAUUGAAAGAGUUUUAUUGGUCAUUAUUCAAAUUUGAAUUGGCCAAUCAGAUGCAAGUAUUUGAAACUCCUAAAACAUGAAUUUUGAACAUCCAGGGAGAGUUUGCCAAAAGAUUUGUUAUUAAUUAUGUUUUAAUUAAUUUCUAUAUAUUUAGCAAAUGUUACCUCAAUAUAAAGUUCAUGUUGAUGAUUUUUUUGCCAUGUUUUACUUACCAUAAUAGUGAUGUGUUCCAAGAAUACGGUUCAUUCAAAAGAUGUUAAAGAUAGUUGAUAUGUGUCAAAAUUAUGUGUAAGAAUCAUUUUUAUAUAAUGAAAAAUAUAUGUUAAGAUGAUUUAUGGCUUUUUAUGUACUCAGACAUUUUUGCUUUCAUAUCUAGAUAACUGAUAUUUAAUCAAAGGUUUAUCCAGCUAAACAUGUGAAAUAGCAUACUGCUUUGAACUUCGAAAAAACCAUUGUUUGUUAAAGAUUAAGCAAAGAUACUAAAUUUGGCAAAAAUGGAAGUACAGAUGGUCUUGCAAAUUUCUCUCCAAACCAAGAACUGGAAAAAUAGAUACUUGCCUAGAUGAGGCUGUAUACCCAUUGCUGUUUUAUUUUAUUAUUUUGAUCUUGAAAUCCCAACUUUGAUUCUGCAAUUCCAAAAUUUAUUAUUUUGAAAAAUGACUUGCAAAUAUACAUGUGAACAUAACUGUUUAUUAUACAGUUGUCCUAUGAAAAUGAAUAUGUUUGUUCAUUAUCCCGUUAUCUUAGGAAAAAUUAUGUUCAUUAAUAUCAAAUUAUCCGCAGAAAAUUUACUUCAGUCAUCCUAUUAAAAUGAAUUUUAUUGUUCAUUCUCAAAUUGAACAGAAUGUUUUGCUAAUUUGCUCACAUUGGCGAUAAAGGGCAAUCCUAGCAUUGGUUCAAUGUUCACUGAUUGUAGAUACAUUAUUUUCCAGGUAGUUUUGUGAUAAAAGUUUAGCUCCCCACCAAGUCAGUCGUAAUUUAUUAAAUUUUGUGGUUUUAAGAAUUUCGUUCUGUUUUUACUGUAUUUAAAGUUGUUAUAUGUAUUUCCCGAAUCUAUUAUAUAUUAUAAUUAUAUAAUGUCCCAUUUAGUGCAAUAGUAUAUAUACAUUAUGUUGAGGGAUCUGUUUUAUUGUUAGAUGUUUCAGUUUUGUAUGUUAUAAGAGAUUCCAUUUUGCCAACUUGAUUGAUAAUCCCUGUAUUGUUUUUUAGCUGUUUAACUGUUCACCGAGGUGUCGGUGUUGGUGUCAAUGUCAAACUUUGGUUCAGUUUAUGCAUGCAAGUUGGUAUCUCCAAAACUUCUGAAGUGAUUGGGUAGAAAGUUCACAUACUUACAUUUGAGGACAUACAGGGAGGUCACUGUCCAAGGCCUACAACUCUAACAUGGAAUUUGAAAGAAUUAUGGCCCUUUUAUGACUAAUAGAAAAUUCUACAUUAUCCUGGCUCUUGUUGAAGCACCAAUCUACAUGUUUGGGAAUAUUCGAGCGUCCUGUCCUGCUGACAGCUCUUGUUAUUGUGAAUAAUUGUGUUCUUUUUAACAUGUUUUACAUUAAGACAAUAUUUCAAUGUUUUUGGUGUUAGCAUAACAUUUUAUCAUGUUUAAUUAGAUGAAAACAUGUUAGGUCCUUGCCUUUUAGAAAUUUUCCCUGUAGAAUGGGAAGAGCUAUGUCGGUAAAAAAAACUCAUUUCAUGCCAGAUUUUUAGAACAAAUGUUUUUAAAAUGAUUGAUCCCCCCCCCCUUAGUUUUGGAUGAAACUGGUCGGACAUGUUGCUGUGUGUGUCAAUAUUUCUGUAGCAUGGUUUUCCUUGAAAUUCUGCCUUGGUUGUUAAUGAGACAAUAACCAAAUUUCAUUGAAUAAAUUUAAUUGAAAAGCAAACAAUUUACAAUGGUAAUUGGUACAGUGUUGAAAGUGCAUUGAGAAGGUGUGUACUGUUGAAAAAAUACGUAUUUUGAUUUUGUUUGAUUUGUAACAGCAUUUUUCCACAGUUUAUUAAUUUAUUCCAUACAUUUACAUAAUGUAAUUUGAUCAUUUUAAAAUUUCAUGAAUUGUUACACCAUUUUGUUUAGAAAUAGGGUUUAAUUUCUGUGCUGUAUACGGUAAUGCAAAAUGCUAAUGGAAAUCCAUUAAAAGAAACUCGGUGUUUGAAAUCCAUGUUAUAGAAAUUUUGAAACACAAUUGGAAUUAAAUGUAGUGCAGUUAUGUCAUAUUAAAAGCAUAUUUUAGUUAAUAAAAUUGAAAAUU